UGCGUGUGCGCGUUUUGACAGCCCUGUUGUGACGUCACUCGGGUGCGGGCUUCAGAAUCAGUGCGUGGCAGUCGUGUGAAAACCAGCAGGGACAGACAGACACACAGCAGCCGGCCCACGGAGGAGUUUGUCCCCAAACAAGUAAACUUUUGGAUACAAGAAGAAGAAAGGUCACAGAAGAACAAACAGGCCUGCUGUGUUUGCCGUCGCCCACUCAUGACGACCACCCACGCGUGGACUUCCUGCAAGUUGCUUCAAGACAGAGCACAGCACAGCCGUCAUGGAUCAAUCCAUUGCCGUCCAAGACACACUGCAAGGAGACGAAAACUGCAUCCUAGCUGUUCAAUGCGACGUCCUCUCGGACGACAUGACUGAAAGCAGACUGCUGGGAUUGGUGGAGUCUGCCAAAGAGCAUGCAAUCUUUAUUUAUACCCACCGGAGGAUGGCCAUUACUGCAGAGGACGUGUCUCUGGAGGACAUUGUCCCAAUCGACCUGGACUUUGCUGUUGUUGAGAUUUCCUCUCCAGAGGAGCUUGUACUUGUCGGUGCUGAUACGCGAGUGCGAGUGAGUUACAAGCAUGAAAGUGUGGAGCUCACGCUUCCCUUCGGGUCUCACUCCAGACUCUUCCUCAACCAGGUCAUCCGGGCGUGGAGCGAUGUUUGCAAGAUUCCCAAGCAAGAAGCCACAUUUGAGUGGCUGGGCAAAUACCGAAGUGGCCCCAAAGGACAGGGAGUUGUCAAACAAGCCUUCGCACCCCUGGGCACAACGCUCCAUAAAGUCAACCAGCAUAGGAAAACAGAGAAAGCGACAGACAAGAAAAAGCGAAGUGUGGAACGGCUAAAGGUCUCCAACAGUGCGAUGCCACCGCGCAGCUCCAAAACAGAGAGUCAGGGCGUCUCCAGCGAGGACGUCUCCAGCCGGUCGGAGCGGGAUGAGCUGGUGCGCUCGUCCAGCCACACACCGACGGACAAAUCUCACAUUCUAGCCAUGCCGCAGUUCGGCCUGCGCGACAACCUCAUCAAGUGCGAGCUGCUGAAGAACGAGGACGUGUACAUUUACCGAGAACAUUUCAGCUUUUUCCUGGGCACAUACAAUGUGAAUGGGCAGGCGCCCAAAGAAAGCCUCCGCCCGUGGCUGAGCUGCACGCCGGAGCCUCCCGACAUGUACUGCGUGGGCUUCCAGGAGCUGGACCUCAGCAAAGAGGCUUUCUUCUUCAACGACACCCCCAAAGAGAUGGAGUGGACUAAGGCUGUGUCGGACGCUUUGCAUCCUGAUGCCAAGUAUGCCUUAGUGAAGUUGGUGCGGCUCGUGGGCAUCAUGCUGCUCUUCUACGUGAGGAAGGAGCAUGCCAAGUUCAUUUCGGAGGUAGAGGUGGAGUCGGUGGGGACCGGCAUCAUGGGGAGGAUGGGCAACAAAGGUGCGGUGGGCAUCCGCUUCCGCUUCCACAGCUCGGACAUCUGCGUGGUCAACUGUCACCUGGCGGCGCACGUGGAAGAGUACGAGAGGCGCAAUCAGGACUACAAAGACAUUUGCAGCCGCCUGCAGUUUGGCCAGGCUGACCCCACGCAGCCGCCGCUGACCAUCAUGAUGCACGAUGUGGUCUUAUGGAUCGGUGACCUCAACUACAGGAUCAGCGAUCUGGAUGUCAACAACGUGAAGGAGCUCAUCAGCAAGAAGGACUUUGAGAUGCUGCACACGUACGAUCAGCUCAAGAGGCAGAUCGACGAGGAGGCGGUGUUUGUCGGCUUCGUGGAGGGGGGCAUCGAUUUCCAGCCCACCUACAAAUACGACACCGGCUCCGACAUGUGGGACACGAGUGAAAAAUGCCGCGUGCCUGCGUGGUGUGACCGCAUCUUGUGGCGAGGGAAGGACAUCGGUCAGCAGCAUUACCAGAGUCACAUGGCGCUGAAGACCAGCGACCACAAGCCCGUCAGUUCCCUCCUCGUCAUCGGGAUCAAGCGAGUCAAUGCCGAGUCCUACAAGAAAACCUUUGAAGAGAUUGUUCGCAAUUUAGACAAAAUGGAGAACGAGUGCAUUCCGUCGGUCACCUUGUCCGAACGAGAGUUCCACUUUGAGAAGGUGAAGUACAUGGAGCACCACGGCAGGACGCUGCGCAUCGUCAACGACGGCCAGGUGCCGUGUCAGUUCGAGUUCAUCCCGAAGCCCAACGAGGCCACGUACUGCAAAGCCUGGCUCACGGCCAACCCCCCCAAAGGCUUCAUUGCUCAGGGUGCUUCCGCGGACAUCGAGCUUGAGGUUUUUGUGAACCGCACCACGGCGCCCGACCUAAACUCCGGCAAGCAAGCCAUCGAAGACAUCCUGGUCCUCCACCUGGAGCGCGGCAAGGACUACUUCAUCUCGGUGACGGGAAGCUACCUGCCCAGUUGCUUCGGCACCCCCCUCCACGUGCUGUGUCGGCUGAGGGAGCCCAUCCAGGACAUGCCGCUGGAGACCCUCCAACAAAUGGUGGCUGACUUUUUAAAUUAUGCUUUGGAGAUUGGGUUGUUUCCAAAAAUAUGCUUAAUGGAUGACUUGCCGAGCCAACAGAUGGAAACGUCGGUAAAUGACGACGCGGGAAGCGCGGAAAAGCCGCUCGACAUUCCCAAAGAACUUUGGAUGAUGGUGGAUCACUUGUUUCGGAAUGCCAUCAAACAGGAAGACAUAUUUCAACAACCUGGACUCCGGAGCGAUUUUGCCGAAAUCCGGGACUGCCUGGACACUGGCAUGGCGGAUUCUCUGUCUGGCAGUAACCACUCGGUAGCAGAGGCCUUGCUUCUCUUCUUGGAUGCCCUCCCAGAGCCGGUCGUCCCCUUCGCUUUCUACCAGCAGUGCCUGGAAUGUUGCGCCGAUGCCGUCCAGUGUGAGAAGGUCAUUUUCACGCUACCUCAGUGCCACCGAAAUGUUUUUAAUUAUAUAGCCGCCUUCCUGCGGGAGCUGUUGAAGAACUCGGCAAGCAAUCGAUUGGAUGUUACCAUCGCCGCCACCAUCUUUGCCUCGUUACUCCUACGGUCACCGACCAAGCAAGACCUCACGGAAAAGAGAAAAGCGCGGGAGUUCUUUCAGCACUUCUUGGGCCACAGCUCAUCCUAGACCGAGGACCACAUUAAAUAAAACACUAAAAAGAAUCGUCCUAUAUUUGAAAUAAACUGUUAAUAAUUUUGCAGAUUUUCAAGGAGUCUUCAGACACGUUAAAAAGAUUUAGUAUCUUGUAUAGUUGAUUUGAGAUGCUAAUGUUUUUGCCAUCUGUUGAGCCUCUUUUUCAUGUUUAUUUAAAAAACGAUUUUAAUGUUUCUGAUCGACAGCAUAAUUGUUUUAUAUAAAGCGUGUUUGGAAAACAA